ACCUUGAUGCAAUCUUUCUAACUCACGGUCACCCUAUAGAAAUAACGAGGAAGAGCAUAAAAUAAGAAAAUAUUGACCCUAUAUGAUAAUAAUUCGCAAACGAGCUUGUUCAAAAUGUCAAGGCUGAAUCCUUGUGCCCUAAAUCUUCAGUUUUUUAUGCGGUAAAAUACACACCGCGUAUAUUUAUAUCAACUUAACUAAUGUGACCUAUAUUUGUCGAGGAGACAAAAUUACAUCGCGCUGGUUCUGAAACGAUUUUCGAGGCCAUCAUUGAAUGACUAUUAUGUUGCUUCUACAUCUAUGAAUAUAUGACUUACAAUUAGUAAUGUGUUUUUCCUUUUUUCCAUUUUUAUUUUUCCCUUCUUUUGUACUGACAUUUUAUUCAAAUACGAUGUGUGUCAGAUGGCUUCAGUGAGUAUACAAAUGACCAUAUGUGGUUCGAUACCUAUAGUUAUACCACAGAGUCUACCUGACUACGAAAUAUUGACUCAACGGAAGAACAGCUCAUAAUAUUCUUUUUUCAUUGUAAGUUAUUCGUAUAGCCGUAAAUAGAUGGAAUGAUGAUCACGUGAGAGAUUAACAAAAAAAAAACAGCGGUUGCAGCAGGUAAAUGCAGUAUGUCUAACAGAAAAUGUAUCUCGAGAUAUGCAAUUGGUCGUAUGCGUAAAUUGAAAUUAUAACGCGGAAACAAAAACUAAGUUCUAAAUUAUCCUAUCCUUUUUCCGGUAUUGAUCUAGUGUAUUAAUUUAGCCUUCCUAGGAAUCGCAACACUUGGCGGUAUGGGCUAUAGAGUAUUUCGGUGGGUGUGGCGCGUUGUUCAUAACAAUAAUCACAAAAAUAGGCCACUCUAAUUAUAGAGCUAUGGGUAUGGAAUUGUAUAUUUUCCCUUAUUUUCGCCUUUUACCAGCUAUAUCGGUUGUUUCUACCUCACAAGAGACAGUGAGAUUUUGAUGAAACCUUCAAUUAAUUUUCUGAUUAAGGAGGAAUUUUAAGAAACAGUUGUUUUAAAAAAUUGGAUUUGGGGGUGAAAUUGGUGAACAAUUAAAUGCGAUAAGAUGAGAUUAGAAAUAUAUGUACGUCAAUAUUUCAGUCUGCAUGGUGUGAAAAUUGAUCCACAUCAGCAGCGCUUAUUAAAAAAGAUAGAAUCCAAGAUUCCUUUAUCGGCUCACUGCGACCGGCGGGAUAAAAAAAUACGACCAUUUUACCUCGAUAUUUGUACGAUAAAUAUGAAUAUGUUACAUAUCGUCAAUUGGCCGUUGUUGGAUCACGUAUGCAUACUACAAACAAUAACGGGAACAGUUUAUCUUCGUCGAAAGUAUACAGGCAGAUAGAGGCAACCAAAACUGUUGGGUGGCAUUUGAAACAAUCAUAAUCAACGACAUUAUGUACUAUCUAGUCCGAGGCGACGUUCGGUCUAGAGAGUGUGGUCAGAUUAUAAAUAUCGCUGUAAACAAGUUAUACACGAGUUGCGGAAGUGGCGAGAAACAAAGUUUGAUAAAUUUUACCUUGUUUCUGCGGCUGCCAGUGCCGAGUGCGCGAGAGUAAAGGAUUGGUAGAAUUGAAUAGAGACGCGUGAGAAGGUCGACGGCUCGAUGUGGCAUGACGUAGAUCGCUUGACGUUUCCUCUGGUCUUUAUAGAUAUAUCGUCAAACAUUAGCGUCAGACUCACGCUGCGGUAGGAACUUACGCGCAAGCCCACGGAAACACAAGUCAGAGUGUUUCAGACACGCGACUUUGGCCAGGUGGGCUCCGUUGCUCGGGAUGGAGAACCUCGAUGAAGUGUCGAUCGAAAAAGUUCCAAUGGAAGAUGUUCGGGAAUUCUAUGAAAAUUUGGAAUCUUGGAUGUCCGACCUUCCGCCGCAGUUGAAAACAUUACCCAUAAAUCACCUGGCGAUACCCGGUUCUCACGAUUCUAUGACCUACACAAUAACAAAGAAGAGUAAAAUCGGGCCUGACGGACCACAUUUCCUAAGAUACUUGGGGUGCCUUUUACCUGUGGUCAGACCAAUAAUUUUCAAUUGGUCAAUAACACAACAUGAAGAUGUCAAAGCACAGCUCAAUGGUGGAAUUCGUUACUUGGACUUGAGAGUCGCCAGAAAAUGUCAGAGUGAUGAAGUAUGCUUUCUCCAUGGGUUGUAUGGAGCACCGGUUGAACAGCCCUUAAACGAUAUCUCAGACUGGCUCUCAUUACAUCCUGAAGAAGUCGUCAUUCUUGACUUUCAACACUUUUACGAGUUUGAUGAUUCCCUCCAUCACGAACUUAUCAAAAUCAUCGAAAGGACGUUCAGGGGAAAACUAUGCCCUGUGUUUUCAAGCUUUUCUCACAUAUCUCUGCAGUGGCUUGCUCUAGAAAAGUACCAAGUUAUUGCGAUAUACAGAAAUAUAGCUGUACUGACCGCAACUAAUUUGUGGUAUAGUAAUUUGUGGAUAACUCCAUGGCCGAAUACAGUGAACCCAGGCUAUCUUGUUAGAUUUUUGGAUGAGGAAUUAGAAACUAGAAAUACAGAAACGGGUUUUGUUUCUCAAUGUUUACUAACACCAGAUACCUAUUAUGUGGCAAGACAUUUUUUCGGGAACUUAGAAAAAGAUCUUGUGAACGUUUGUAGAGAUAAUAUUUUACCAUGGAUACGAGAAAAAAAGCCUGGAAGUGAUGGUUUGAAUAUCGUGAUAUCUGAUUUUGUGUCAUACAAUGACUUCUUAUUCUCGAAGACUGUGAUACAACGUAAUGCUGAGUUACUGAAAUGGUCGGACAAGACUACUUCUAGAAAAUACAUUGAAGUUCGAUCAAAAUCGAAGACUUAAUCGAAUCUUCUUAUUAGCUCUAGUAACUUAUAGAUUCCAAAAGAACGCGGCAUAAGAAACAAAUUGUAUUCAGUCUUCAUUUAUCAGACCAUAGCCUCUAGCUGAAAUUAUGUGAUACUGCUGCUGUAGCAACAUUGUGGCAUUAGGAUAAUUGGAGUAAUAAAUAGUGGAACAGUUCACGGAAAGUUAUACUUACAAAAUAAAUUAUGUUCAUCCA